GGCUGCAUACAUUGUAACCGCGAAGGUUCCGUCGCCGCCGCGGCCUCCGCUCGCCUCUUCCCGCCACCGGCCGAGAGAAGCGGGGAGGGGCCCGGGAAAGACCCCGGCCCGUCUUCCCGGCCUUUGUGGAGCCGGUCGAGCGGGGCCUCCGGGCCUUCCUAGCCGCUGCUGCUGCGUGGCCUGGCCCAGGCCUCUGGGCCCCUCCCUCGCCCGCCAUGGGGGAGCCCCUGCCCCAGAUGCCGCCUUCGACCACCAUGGACGAUCUUCUUCCUUUGCUUUUCCCACCAAGCUGGGGGCUUCAUGAACCCACCCCCAGCAGCACACCCAUGGUGGAAAUCAUCGAGCAGCCCAAACAGCGUGGGAUGCGCUUCCGGUACCAGUGUGAGGGCCGCUUGGCUGGCUCCAUCCCGGGAGAACGCAGCACUGACACCACCAAGACGCACCCCACCAUCAAGAUUCACAAUUACCAGGGCCCGGGAAAGGUCCGCAUCUCCCUGGUAACCAAGGAAGCCCCACAUCGGCCUCACCCCCACGACCUGGUGGGCAAGGAUUGCAAAGAAGGCUAUUACGAAGCCGAGUUGUCUCCGGAGCGCUCCAUUCACAGCUUCCAGAACCUGGGAAUCCAGUGUGUGCGGAAACGGGAUCUGGAAAAGGCCGUGGCGAAGCGGAUCGAGACCGGGAACAAUCCGUUCAACGUGCCGAUGGAGGAGCUCAAAGGAGAUUACGACCUGAAUGCAGUUCGACUCUGUUUCCAGGUCUGGAUUCGGGAUACGGGCACGGGGCACUUGAUGCAGCUCCCUCUGGUGGUCUCCCAACCGAUCUAUGACAAUCGUGCACCCAAUACAGCUGAGCUGAAAAUUUGCCGUGUCAACCGCAAUUCGGGGACUUGCCUUGGGGGAGAUGAAGUCUUCCUUCUCUGUGACAAAGUCCAGAAAGAGGACAUCGAAGUCCGCUUUUUCAAGGAUUCCUGGGAAGCAAAGGGGUCCUUCUCGCAGGCCGACGUCCACCGCCAGGUGGCCAUCGUCUUCAAGACGCCGCCCUAUGCGGAUCAGACCAUCCGUGAACCCGUGACGGUCCAGAUGCAACUGCACCGCCCCUCCGACAAGGAAGUCAGUGGCUCCAUGGAGUUCCGUUACCUCCCGGAUGAAGGCGAUUUCCAUCGAAUCGAAGAGAAGCGCAAACGGACGCUGGGCACUUUCAAGAACUUUGUACAGAAAACACCUUUUGCAGUAGGAAGCGCAGAAGCACAAUCUCCACGCCGUAUUGCUGUUCCGAAACACGGAGCACCCCGGCCAAAUACCAGCGCUGCGCCAGGGUUCCUAGGAGCCUCCUCCGGGCAGCCACCUAUGCGCCCCAUCCAGAAGCCGCAAGUCCUGGCUCAGCCGCCGGCCGGGUUCUUCGUUGGGCCCAGCCUCCCCGCCCCGCCGCCUCCCAUGGCCACGGCUGCCGCCGCCGCCUCCUCCAGCUUCAGCACCGUGAACAUGGAGGACCUGUCGUGCCUGGGCGUCUCCUCGCAGGCCCCGCCCUCCUCCAUGGACACCGAAACCAGCAUCGCCGACGCUUUCCUGCACCUCCACUUUGAAGGCGGGGACCCCCUGGGGGGCCUCCUGGACGACGCCCCCUACAGCAGCCUGGAUAGCAUCAACACCACCGAGUUCCGGCAGCUGCUCAACGAAGGGCCCGGCCCGGCCCCCAUGCCGGAUGCCCAGGGGACUCUGAUGACCUACCCAGAAUCCAUCACUCGCUUGGUCAGCCAGCGGAGGGCGGGAGGGGAGCCCGGCGGCGGGGGGCCCCCCGCCAAUUCCGCCAACAGCAGCUUCAACGGCCUUUUGGGGACCUUCCCGGCCGAGGAAAGCUUUUCGUCCAUGGUGGACCUGGAUUUGAACUCAUUCCUCAACUCGUAAGGAUUCCCGGUGGUCCGAGACUGGCCUCUCGCUCUUCAGGCCACAGGGGGCUUCCAGC